GGACAGGUGUGUUGUUUGCAGAGCAGCUCUGAUUGAAACCGUGUUCAGCUCACCAAUGGCCUGGCCCCGCACGGUCACAUGGUGCAGAGGACACACCUGAGAGAUCCACAGCAGCGCCACAAACAGGUGGAUGUGCGCGCAGAACGGCCCACGAGCCGCUGGUCCCCGGCAGCCAUGAACCGAGAAGAUCAGUAUUACUCCUCACAGCUGUUCAGAGACUCCUGCGCCUACCAGAGGCCGCAGGCGGAGGACUACAGCCCGCCUCCCUGCCUCUACAUGAGCAGGCACUCCGUGUGCACUCCUCCGGCCGUGCACGGAGCCUUGGAGCAGGCCGGCUUCGCAGACAUUUCUCCUGCCUAUAUGCGAGAAGAUCCGGCGGUUUCUCCGCUCCAUCACCUCCAGCAGGAGCAGCAGGUCCCACACGGAGCAGCGUUCGGAGGUGUGGGGGAGCACCCCCCAUUCCCCUGGAUGAAAACCACUAAAUCCCACUCACACACCUGGAAGAGCCAGUGGUCAGGGCCGUACGUGAUGGCAGACACGGAGGAGAACAAGCGCACGAGGACGGCCUACACGCGCGCCCAGCUGCUGGAGCUGGAGAAGGAGUUCCUGUUUAACCGCUACAUCUCGAGGCCGCGGCGCGUGGAGCUGGCACUGACCCUCAGCCUCACCGAGCGCCACAUCAAGAUCUGGUUCCAGAACCGGCGCAUGAAGUGGAAGAAGGAGGAGGACCGCAGGAGGGCGAGGGGAGCCGACCCCGACCAGGACUCCUCCAUCACCUCCGGGGAUCAGGGGGAGGUCAGCGGCGGGGUCUCCUCCAUUAACAGUACCGGGAACCACGCUACUCCUCCCGUUUCCCCGCUGCACGGACACUCCCUGUCCGCCUCCGGGGCCAGAGAGCCCGCCUAAAGACCCACGUGGACUAAAUCACCUUUUAUGACGUUUACUUAUAAAGACUACUUGACUCCUUUUGGACGUCAUCUCCUGUCAAUAAUCUGAAAAGGACUUCAGUGGUUUCGCAUUCUUCUGGUUUGUCAUAAAUGUUGACAAAAUGUAAAAGUCAUGUGACUAAAAGUCUGUGUCAGUGUUCAGACGGAUUCAAAAGUGGGA